GAAGAGUGAAAGAUAGUAUUUUCUUUCAUAUGAUACAAAAAAGCUUUCAUAUGACAUCAAUAUUGCAUAUAUAAAAAUAAAAAGUAAUUAUUUAUAUAUUAAAAUUGAAUUAUAAAUCAAUGACUGAUGGAGUAUAUGACCCAGGAACCCCCGGCCCAUAGACUCCUACUUCUCCUACACAAGUCCAUUGAGCCCAGAGAACAACUCAGGCCCAAAUGCGGCGGCCCAAGCCUCAAAAUAGCCCAGAAUACACAUUGGGGUGCCUUCGGCCUCCUUGGCCGAAGGCUCCAAAACUCACAGGAUAGCCUUCUCUGGCAUAAGAAGUUACUGGGAGAAAACGGCGAAAAACAUGAGCCUUCGGCAUUAUCAAGCCCUCGGUAUCAGGGAAGCUUUCGGUUGAACCAAGCUUUCGGUCACACAAGGCCUUCGGCUACACAGGGGUCCUUGGUCACAUGGAGCCCUCAGCUACACAAGGAGCCUUCGGCCAAACAUGCUCAAUCAUCGAAGAUUCCUUUUGGAGACAGCCAACCACCGCAUUUAAUACCACGUCACAUCCGCCAACCGCAUUCAAUGCGGUGAACGUACCGCUGCCGGUGCCACCCGGCUGAUGUGACCCCUCGGCCGUUGGAUUACUGACACGUGUACUCUCAUCGCAUUUAUUGCUGCUAUAAAUAGCAGCCCAUUUCUCCUUGUAAACAGAUCCAACUCCACAUCUCGAGUUCACUUAAUAAAAUCGACACUCUCUCCUCCUAUUUGCUCUGACUUCUCUCUAGUUAUUCCCACAAUAACCCUCGGAUAAGACACCCCCGGGUAGACUGUCCAUCAAUGACAUGUUAGUCGGUGCAUAAAAAUAUAUAAUAUAAAUUAUAUAUUAAUAAAAAUUCUAUUAUCACUACCACUAAAACGUUUAAUUAAUCCAAGUUUACUCGGUGCACCACUGUUAUAUAUUCACUCAAUGCAUCACUACUACUAAGAGACUAUUUGGUAAAAUUGAAAUUGACUAAGCCGGCUGAUUCUAGUGAAAUUUAUGAAAUUUUGAUUGAAGUGGUUUCCUGGUUGGAUUGGUUGAUUCUGGUGAGUUACGAAAAAAUAUAUUUAAAAUAUAUAUUUAUUAAUAAAAUAAAGAUAAAAUUAUAUGAAAAUUAGCUAAAAUAGUUCUUUAGAAUAACUUCAGAAAAGUAGAUCCAACUUUACUUAUUUUAAUUAUUACACAACUCAAUGCGCAAAUUCAAAAGUUAUGUUUCCAGGUAAAAAGGUUUGGUGAUAAGAUGGAUAAACCCAAAAUAAGAUCACCAACAGACUCUAAAACAUCUUUUUUUUUAUAAUAAAAUUAGUCUCGUUUGAAUUCAAUUGGAUUGAUUAAAUAGAUCAUAUUAAAUUAGAUAAAUAGACCAGAGCAAACAAAAUUUCAACCAUUGAAAAUUACAAAUAGACAAAAUCUAUAAUAACCAAAAUAAGUAAUAAGACUCAUCACUUUUGAUCUCAUCCCUUAAAUUAAUUAGUUCACAAUGUUUAAUGUUUAUUGAUACUUCUCAUCUAAACUCAUACUCCAUCCGUCCCUUAUAACUUUGCCAACUUUCCUUUUUUGGAUGUCCCAUUAACUUUGUCACAUUCCCAUUUAAGUAAAGAAUUUGUGGUUUUAGUUCACUCUCUCUCCUCUGCACAAACCUCAACCACACAGUUUUUACUUUAUUAAUCCACGUGCCGGUCAAAUUUGGCAAAGUUAUUAGGGACAGAGGGAGUAUCAAAUUAACAAUACCUGGCAUGGCCGGAGUGCCACACUAGUUAAGAAUGAGGAUGUUUUCUUUUGGACUGAAAUUUGCUGGUCUGGUCUGGUCUGGUCUGUUUAAGUCUGGUCUGGUCUGGUCUGGUCUGUUUAAGUCUGGUCUGGUCUGGUCUGGUCUGAACUGGUCUGGUCUGGUCUGGUAAACGUCUGGUCUCUGUGUAUUUUAUAACUACGGAAGUCUGGUCUGGUCUGGUCUGGUCUGUUUAAGUCUGGUCUGGUCUGGUCUGGUCUGUUUAAGUCUGGUCUGGUCUGGUCUGGUCUGUUUAAGUCUGGUCUGGUCUGGUCUGGGACUGAAAACAGUCCAAAAGAAAACAUCCUGACACGGUAGAAUUUUCCAUAAUCUACGGGAUUCUACGCCAUAUACAAUUAUACGUACACACUCCGUAUAUAUCUACCGCCUCAGUAGCCAUCGGGAAGAUGAACAGCCGCCAAUUCCAAUACUUCGCGCAGUAGAUUCUUCCACCACAUCAGUCGUGCGGGACCCACACAGCGAUGUUUGCCUCAUCAGCCACAACCCCACAGGCGGAAGCGGCGGCUUCUUCUUCACAUUACUCCUUCCGCUCUUCCCGUUGCCGGGGCGGCGGCGGUCGUCGCAGCUAGUCUCUAUGUAGUGGUCAAGCAAUAGAGAUAUUCUGUGGACCUCAUACUUAUCAAGAAGAUCAGAGAUGAAAGCAUGGCCGGGACUAGGAGCAGUGGCUGUCACCGCAGCCGGCGGCGGCGUUGCCGCUACCUUUUCAUCGGUUUCUUCCACUACUACUUGACGGCUGCCGAUACCCUUUAACUUAUACCUGCUGGUCGAUGAUGAUGAGGAUGACGAUGAUGAUGGUUUUUGGGUAUGUACAGAUGGCGUUUUCUGAUUGGAACAUGAUGAUAAUGAUGAAGAUGAUGAUUCAUGUUGAAGAAACGAAGAGAGCGUAGCACAUGCUGCUGUUGAUUUGUUCACACUGGUUUCUCUACUUUUUCUGUGGUUGAAGGGCGGAAAGGGUAGUGAAGAUGAGAAAGAUGGCAGCAUUAUAUGGCCUUUAUUAUUUAUUAACAGCUUAGUUUUAGUGUGAUGAGCUAGCAGAUCAGAGAUGAAGAGGAAUGCGAAUGCAUA